AAGCUGGGUAAUCAUGGCAGAAGGUGGAUUCGAUCCCUGUGAAUGUGUUUGCUCUCAUGAACACGCAAUGAGAAGACUUAUCAAUCUGAUCCUGAGUAAAGCAAAUGGCCUUAUCUAGCCACCUCUGGCCAUCUAAAGGAGAAAGAAAUCCAACUCCACCUGAUUGCCAUGAGGAAGAGCCUCCAUUCUCCAUCUUCAUGAUUUGUUCUUCAGGACCACGCUCGCCCAUGUUGAGGCAGUCGCAGUCCUACUGCACAGACACAGAGUGUCUUCAGGAAUUACCAGGACCCUCUGCUGACAAUGGCAUCAGUAUUACCAUGAUCUUGAUGGCCUGGAUGGUGAUUGCUGUCAUCUUGUUCUUACUAAGACCACCUAAUCUGAGAGGAUCAAAUUUAUCUGGGAAGCCAGCCAGCCCUCAUCAUGGACAAGAGCCACCAGCCCCACCUGUGGACUAACUUUGUGAUCUGAGAAGUGAAAAUAGCUAAACACAUUGCACGACCAAAUGAACGAAGAUGACCAGAGUACUCUUAACCCCAUUAGAAUGGUUUUUGCUUUUGCAUCUACAAUAUGGGAUGAUACUGUUUUUCAUAAGCUUCUAGAAAUUUCACUUGCUUGCAAGCUUAUUUUUUGUUUUCUGUAUUACCAUCAUUCCUACUUAUAGAAUAUUGAGUAAAUAUUAAAGAAGUUAAUGGGAUUUUCCCCCAGUUAUCCUAAACAUUCCAUUCAUUUUAUUUAAGUGUGAUCAUAAUUUGUUUAUGAUUUUUCUGACCUGAUUGAAGGAAAUUUGAGACCUAUGCAUUUAAAUAUUUUAAAUAGUUUUUAAGCUUAAAAGUGGUGGGGGUUUUUUGCAUAAGAUAUUUAUAAAGUUACUUGGGUUUGUCUGAGAGUGAAUGAAAGAAAAUUAGAAUCAUACUAUACUUGCAUUUACCCUGAGAGUUUAUUUGUGGAUGGUUAUUUUCUUUGCUUGGGACUGUGGCAGCAUUUUGAAUAUUUUACAAAGUUUAGCUGAAAUCUGUAUCAUCUGCUACAAUUGCUGUAUGUGGGUAGAAUUAGAAAAGAGAAGAAAUGAAAGGAUUGCUUACAAAGUGUUUUACUCCCAUUGAAAUGUGUCUAAUGUUAAACUUUCCAUUUGAUUGAUUGGUGUGGUGGGUGUUUAACAGUCCAGUGUAACGAUACUUGUCAUUUACUCUACAUUAGCCUUAAGAGGGUUCUUGAGAGGAGGACAAAAUAAACUCUUUCUGCCUUUGCCAGGUAUAAUCUAUACAGUAGUAAUUUAGGCUAUAAUUUAUUGUUAAAACGAGUGCAUCUUGGGAAGCUUCUGUUCUAACAAUUCCCCUUAGAGUGAUAUUGGGGCCUGUGUGGUUACUGACAUUUGAAUUGAAUGUUGUUGUUUUUUAAUUUGAAGAAAAUAAAUUUGAGGCCUGUGUUAUUGUUCUGACUUUAAAAUUUUAAAAAUAGGUUAUUGGCUUACUCUAGGGGAAAGGGAAGAAAAUUAGAAUCAAGGAUUUUUUUUUUUUCACUUCCUCUCCUUCGUAUCUGGGCACUGCACAGACAGAGACAGGGAUGAGCUUUAAUAUAAGUAAGGUUUAGAAAUAUGCACAAAAGUAAAAGAUUGCACUGCUUUGUGCAGUUAGAAAAAAAGAAUGCAGAUGACUGUUUUUUUAAAGUCUGCAUGACCUUGGUUAUGGAAUUUUUUCUGAACAAGUAAUUGCAGAUGACUGUGCGGGCUAUUUUGAUAGAGAUUUUGCUAUCAGUAUAAGGAUUUCCCCCCCUAGAUCAACCUAGCUUUUUAUUUUAUACAUCUGAGAGAUUACUUGUAUAAAUUGAAUAAACUUCUCUAUAUCAUUAUAUUAUUAUUGAAGAGAGUCUCAGUUAACAUCCUCGUGGAAUUUUGUUGUUUCCAUACCUUCACUAUGAUCACAUUCUAGGCCACAAGGGCAGCCUUUCCUCACAAACACAAUAUUGACGCCCUCAUCCCUCCUUGUGUAUCUUGGCUUUGUGUUCGACUUCUUGAAAUAAUAGAAUCAACUCUUAACCACUGUGCUGAUAGAUUGGUAACAUAACAUAGGUAAGUUAGAUCCUGGAUAAAGGAGCAGCACAGUCAAGGUUUUUACUCCUGGUGGAGCCUAAAACUGGCCACAUGUUUAAGACAGAAAGGGCAGGCACAUCAGAAAAUGGAACUCAACCCAGAUAGUAUUCCAUCUUUCUGACUUUGCCCCCUCAACAUUGAAGGAAUAUGCCUAUAACCCAACAAUCUGCCCUCCAAGCUGCUAGAAAGCCAACCCCAAAAGAGAGAACUGAAGUAUACACUGAAUCUGCCGUUUGUUUUUUUGUUAAUCUGCAGCUUACAAGUGAUUGAGAACUGGCUGUCGUGUGAAAAACAGAAACCAAAUUCUGAGUGUUGGCUAGAGACCUGAAUAUCUGGAUUCUUGCCCUGAAUCCUUUAUUUCAAUCACACACACUUAAUUAAAAUUAUAUCUAGGAUUUUAGCCUUUUCCUAUAUGGACCCUUCUUAGUCACAAAAGUUUUUAUGUCAGUAAUAUGUAUUUCAUCUUGUUUUGUUUUUUUGGGGGGUGGUUGCUAGUAAGAUUUCUCUGCAUUACUGAAAAAGACAGUGUAGUGCAUAUAAAAUAUGCUGCUUAGCCUAACAAGUAAUUGAUAUUAUUCUGUUUCAUUCUUAAAACUUCUACCUGUGGCCUUUUCUUUCAUUGGGAGCACUGUUUAAAACAUUCAUCUGAACCAUGGCUACAACUUAAAAAAAAUAAUCUGGAAAAAAGAAAGAUAUAAAACCCUGCAUUUUCAUUUCCUUUUGAUCUUAGACAUUCCACAACCAUCAUUAAGAGUUUAUAUUGUUUUAGGGUCACUUAUUGUUCUUUCAUGCAAAAUAUUUUCCUUCCCUUGCGGAAAAAGUUAACAUUGGAAAUAUUUAUAUUAAAAGAUAAUCAUAUAGCUAUCCAACCACUAUUCCAUGGUCAGCAAAUCAGAUUUUAUAACUUGCUGAGAUUUUUUUAGAAGUAACUAUUGCAUCUGGCUAUUUCAUGGUUACUCUUUGUGAUAUGAUAGUGUUAUGGAAUUAAAGGUUUAUUUUCAACAGAACCGUGGAAGUCUUAUCACCCUGAAAGAAAGGCUAUCACUUGAAUAUGUGCUAAAAUUGGCUCAGCUCAAAAAAAAAAAAGAAAAUUGGCUCAGCUCAAUUUAAGAUGCAAAAUACAGCAGCUUGGUGAAGGAAAAUUUAAGAGAGUUUAUACUAAAUGGUUAGUUACAUUUUUGUCAUUGCAAUAACAGGUCUAGUCGUAAUGUUACAUAAUAUUUCUAAAUGAAAAAUCAUCUGUAUCUGUUGCCAUGUCUGAUGAUUACUUUGUUAAAAGCAAAAGUGGUCAUGUGAUAAACUAAAUGUUAAUUGCUGUUUUUAAAUGUUUAAAUCAUGCCAAACAAAUCAUGUCUGUGCCAUCCAGGGUUUCUCGUUAAUAUUUUCCUGAGUACUUGGAUUGGGAUAAAGGGCUUGUACUAUGCACUUUUUAUUAAUGAAUAAAUAGAAAAUGUUAGUAACACA